AUGGUUAACGUGAAGAAAGGUACACUGGUGAGAUGUGAUCCAGCGAUGCGACAGCUACUCGUUCAUUUGGAUGAAUCCAGAGCGUUGGGUUCGAAAUUCGUCGUCAAAGAGCUCGACGAGACGCACAUUUUCGUCGAUAAGGAGAUCAUACCUAUUCUGGAGCAAAAACUCGAUCAACUCAUGGAGACUUUGUCUCCCGAUCACACCGAGAAAUGA